GGAAGUUCUGCCUCGCUAGGUAUAGCAAGCACGGCGCUCCGUUAGCCAAAUAAUGCACGAAACAGACCUUUGAGCAAAUUCGUUUUAACAUAUUUUAACGUUGAAUUAACGUUUAUUCGGGAGUGAUUGAGAAACAAAUUGCAAGGUUUCGACUGGGUGGUGUUUGUUAAAAUAAAUGGACAAAAAAGACAAGCGUAGCGACAUUGUAAGUAGUUUGGUUCAGAGCUAGCAGCCUUGCUAGCAACGGACAACUAGCUAGCAUCACUUUUUUUUUUUUUUCCUUUAUUAUUGAUCGGUGAUGCACAUUUCAGCCUGAUUACAGCACUUAGAUGGAGAUGCAUCCGUUCAUUGGAGGCGAAGCUUCACUGGAGGCGCUCCAGCUAGCUCGACCAGUGCAGGACAGGACGGAAGCAACACAGAGGAAAAGCAAGUCCAGAGACGAUGUGCGUCAUGUCUGCACCUGCCCAGGUUGCCCUUUUUCUUCUACUUUAGAGUCUUUGAAGCACACACACGCACUUCCGGGCUCAGAGGUAGCUUGCCAUGCCAAAGACGACACCUCCAUCACGGCAAUGACUUCGCCCGAUGGCGCCGCUGAACCCAGCAGUCCCCCCGGAACGUCAGACAGCAGGCAGAAUCCCGACACGCCUAUAUCCCGGCAGUCCUCCUUGAGUCACAUCUCCUCCAUAUUCCCUUGCCUGUGUUGCCACCACGGCCAGCUGCUGAGCCAGCACGCCAACAGGGACGCCGCAUUUUCUCACACGCAUCACCACUUUCACCACCACCACUGUCCCAUCAGUAACUGUUUGCCCCGCCCACAACUGGGGCAGUCUCAUUCGCAGCAGCUCUCUGCCGCCGCCGCUUCGUUCCCCUGCUUGGCGUCCUUGCAUCGGCAGCUUCAGGAGGAGCGAGGUCGCCCGCUGACCACACUCGCGUCGCAUCCCUGCAUGCACUGCUCCGCGUCUUUCUCCAAACCAUCCCAGUUGCUGCAGCACCAGCGUUCCGAACACGCCCACAAGCCGUGUGGGUUUCUGUGCAUGCAGUGCGGGAGGACGUUCAACUCGCACAGCAACCUCCGCAUCCACCUCAACGUGCACACGGGCGCCCGGCCGUACACGUGCUCCGAAUGCGGCAAAGGCUUCAGCCAAUCCGGCGCUCUCAAAAUCCACAGGCGGAUUCACACCGGAGAAAGACCUUACACAUGUGGCUUCUGCGGAAGAGGGUUCCCACAUCUCGCUGGCUUCCGAGCCCACCAGCGGACUCACACGGGGGAGAAACCUUACCGCUGCAACCAGUGCGGGAAGUGUUUCACCCAAUCAGGAGCCCUCAAGAUUCACACUCGCAUCCACACCGGAGAGAGGCCCUUCAUCUGUACCAUUUGUGGAAAAGCCUUCUCCAAUCGCUCCGGAAUCCGCUUCCACAACACCACAGUCCACGGUUUACCUCCGGAUCAAUUGGGACAGGAUCGAGCAAGAGGACGUCCGCCCGCGAGUCUACACACCCGUCCCGACGGGAACAACGCGUUGCUGACAGAAACACCAUCCGCUUUAGCACUGCUCGCUGGUAGCAAGCCGCCGUCUGACGGCGAGAACGCAGACAGGAACCGAGACGGGCUGAUGUACGCCUGUGAGGACUGCGGUCUGCGUUUUAAGGAUGCUCCCUCCAGGAACCGACACCAGAGUCAGGUGCACUACUCCUCCGAGGGGAGCGUGGAGGAGGGGGUCCCUAAAGAAGGAGGCAGAAAUGCGGGAAUCGGACAUGACAGUGGAGAGGAGGUAAGAGUCACUAUUGUUUAAAUUAAGCAAAUAUGUGGACAGGGGGGGUGUUCAAAGUGCGGCACACAGCAUCCACCCCUCCCUGAAAAACGGAUUUUGGCCCCAGACUCUCUACUCUCUCGUUGUACAUUUUUCAUAUUUUUUUUGCUUAACCCCCCCCCCUUUAGUGUACCUAAAGUUAUGACCAGAAAGUGCGUAUGAUUGACGGAGGUAUUGAUCGGGUUUAGGAACAAUCACAUUACAAAAAGAAACUUUAUUGUGCCUUAAAUGUGGACAUUUUGGAUCCCUUUUAUUGAUGGCCAGACAUAAACAUUGCACAGAAAAAUGUAAAUAAAAGAUGCUCUCAAUGCUUAGUAAAGCAGCUCUAAUUAGGAACAUGGACAACUUUUAAUACUAUUAUUAAUACUAUUAUGUGUGUUACUGUAAUUUUUUUGAAUUAUGUUUAGUAAAAUUAACUUAUGGGGGGAAGGACCUCCACUUAUUUAUGUUUAUAUGUGAUAUGAAUAUAUGGAAAUCAGUUUUUCUAUUUGUUUGGGUGGAGCCAGUGCUGUACAAAAUUCAGAACUGAAUUGAGAAUGAACUCUAAAUUCCAAUUUGGAUUGCGGUUAAAAACAGGAAGCAGAAUUCUUGUAAUUUUAAUUGAAAUUUCAAGAAAAAAAUUACAGUAUAUUUAAAACAUGAUAUAUGAACUAGGCACAAUAAUUUAUUAUACUAAAUUUUAGUUGUUUUUUUGAGGGGGAAAAUAACAAAUGAACAUUUAAAACCUACUCAAAUAAAACAUUCAAGGUUUUGGAUAGGAGGCAAGAACAGAACUUCAUCUCCCAUAAUCCCUUGGUGCAAGGUACAACUGCAAGUUCUGCCUUUUAUAAAAAUUUCAGAAGAAAGGUAUCCAAAUACAUGGUAUUCUUAAUAGUGGUUAACUUCUUUUUACACUUGUAUGACAAUGAAAUACUGUAUGUAAACUAACGACGUCAGUUGUAUUCAAGGUCUUCACUUAUUUUUCCGCUUACAUGGCGAUUAAUGUCAGAAAAUGAUGUGGUGCCUUUGUUAAAAAUGCUAAAAAUGACUUAAACAUUAAAAUUGGCUAUUGUUUUUAUGUUUUAAUAUUAAGUGGUUAACACAUUUGUACACUGGUAUGACAUGUAUGAUUUAAAAAAAAAAUACAGCAUACAGCAAUAUUUCAUUUUAUAUAUACCACUUCCUGUAAUUCAAUUCACUUCAAAUUAAAAUUCAUCCAUUCAAUUGGAUUAAAUUCUGAAUUUUACACAGGCCUGAGGUCUCCUGUGUCCUAAUCAUAGCAACAACAUAACCAUUGUGCCUUUUACGUGUGAUAACAUUUUAUAUCAUGAAUAUAAUAUAUACUAUUAUAAUUACUCUUGCUGUUUGUUGGUGUCCAGCAACGUUUCUUUCCGUUUGCAAAAGCUUACAACUCAUUAGAGCCACCUGGUGGUAGAUUUUAGUCAUUGCAGCACCACGACACUGUUAAUGUGGAGGGACAGUGUCACAGUGAGACAACCUUUUCAAUUGUAAAUAAUAUCCAGUAUAUGUUGUUAUGACAACAUGUUAUUUGCUGUUUUCCAUUCAUGUGAAAGUGCAACUUGUGAAACAUUGAACCAAUAAAAAAAAUAAAAAAAAAGAAGCCAUAUUGUCUUAAAAAAUGUUCAUUUCUUUCUUUCAGCAGUCCACAUGAUGGUUGUGACUUUGGAGUACUUCAUUCACGGAACGUUCGGCCCGCCAUGUUAGUUCACAUGAGCUGUGCCUUCCAUCACAAAGGCUCCUGAUAAGUAUGCCUUGGCAGUAACGAGUCACAUGACUUGGGCUCGGCGUAUAUGCCGACGCUAGCGGGUCGUGGCGCAUCCACAUGAAAGGCAGGGGUGCAGUAGCCGUUGUCAAGAAUCCUGUGGGAGGGGCAGUCGUACAUCCCCUUGCUGGUGGUAGACGCCAACAUGGGGGGUCCGCGUGCGACCCCCGUACACUCCUGUUCGCUGAAUGGGGUGGCGUAUUCCGGCUCCGGUGGAAGGGGUUCUGCGUACUCUGGGAGGUUGACGGGAGAGUCGUAAUGGUUGAAUGCGAAGGGGACGGUGUAGCCCUCGUCUGACGGGGGGCGAAACGUAGAGCCCACCUUUACUGGUUGGGCGUAGUCUAGGAAAACAAAACACAAAUUCAAACAUUACUAGCUAAUUCUGGUAUGCGUCAUGAUGUGCAGCUUGCUAGCAGAUGGAGCUGCUGCGCGGGGCUAAAGUGUGACCGAAUAACUGCGAGUGAUCGUGACGGUAGGAGGUCUGAAACCGUAGAGUGACGGAAGGGAGUCAGCCCACAGACCCCCAGAGACACAGAGGGUCCGAUGCUUGGGUCGAAUCCCACCGUUUAUCCAAAACCCCUCCAGUUUCUUGCUACUUUUUAACUGGUUUCAUCCCAGUGGUUGUCUUGCAAGCCUUUCCACCUUCUGAAAAUAUUAACCCAGAUCACCGUGUAACAGCGCACAGAAUCCAUGACCCCCUAUAAUAAUAAUAAUAAUCAAUCAUUGUUAUGCUUUAUAAUGGAUGGCUUUCCUUUUCUUUGGCACACAUAAUGAAGUACACCAAGUGAAGGAAUAAGUCAUGUUAUUCUUCCACAUGGGGCGGCACGGCGGUCGAGUGGUUAGCGUGCAGACUUCACGGCUAGGAGACCAUGGUUCAAUUCCACCCUCGGCCAUCUCUGUGUGGAGUUUGCAUGUUCUCCCCGUGCAUGCGUGGGUUUUCUCCGGGUACUCCGGUUUCCUCCCACAUUCCAAAAACAUACUAGGUUAAUCAUCCAUAGGUAUGACAUUUUUUUUUUUGCAUGUUUGUCACACCUGGAGACUCGGGUUCAAUUCCACCGACGGCCCCCUCCCGCCGCCCGGCCGCCACAUGCAUCCAGGCGCCCGGCCUCACCUUCCAGCACACCCCAUUGGGACUUUGCCAUAGUUAGGGCUGCACGGUGAUAGAGUGGUUAGCACGCAGGCACACAGCUAGGCGACCCAAGUUCGAUUCCACC